GCAAUUAGAUAAUAUAUCUGAAUUUCUAACACUGCCAGCAGCUCUCUCUAGGAUUUUCAGAUUACAUUCUCUCCCUGCCAUACCUGAAGAUACCGGGGAUUGAACCUGGGACCCUCUGCACACCUGUUCUACAGCAUUUCUAAAGCUAAGCUGGUGUGGACCUGACCUUUCCCUUAGAUAGGGAGGCCUCUGAGAGCACCGUGUUACAGCAAAAUCCAAUAAAUAAAUACAGCCGAUGUGGUUUCUGUGAGGAUCUGAGCUGCUAGACCCAAGUUAUCUAUUAACUCCUUGGCUGUCACUGGGAGCAGAGCGGCCAUAUCUCUAGGCAAGGCCCCUCACUCUUAUUCUUCUGUCUCCCCUUCCCUCCACUACAGGCCACAUGAAGCACUCUGCUCUUCCCGUCCUCCACCCCUGACGCCGGCCGCAGGUGGCCAUGGGGUUCCUUGGCUCCAAGAGCUCCUUGUUGGCGUUCCACCUGGGCCUCAUCGCUGGCUUUGUCAGCACCUUCUACCUCAUGGGCAACCUGACAUGGGAAGGGCCCCCACACCUUGGCACCCAGCUGCCGCGUGGCUACAAGGACCCGGAGUGGAUUGUCGAUAGAUCAGCUCUCUUCAGCGUGGCACACCCGCACCUGGAAGGUGAGGAGAGCAGUGUGGCUGAUGAGCUGUAUGACAAGGUGCGGAUCCUGUGCUGGGUGAUGACAGGCCCCAGUAACUUGGAGACGAAGGCUCGCCAUGUCAAGGCCACCUGGUCGCGCCACUGCAACGUGGUCCUCUUCAUGAGCUCUGUGCAGGAUGACAACUUCCCUACUGUCGGGCUGGGAACCAAGGAAGGCCGGGACCAGCUCUACUGGAAAACCAUCCGGGCUUUCCAGUACGUGCAUCAGCACCACUUGGAGCAGGCGGACUGGUUCCUCAAGGCUGACGACGACACCUUUGUGGUGGUGGACAACCUCCGGUGGCUGCUCUCCAACUACACCGCCGACAGGCCCAUCUACUUUGGCAAGCGCUUCCGGCCCUUUGCCAAGCAAGGCUACAUGAGCGGGGGAGCUGGCUAUGUCCUCAGCAAAGAGGCCCUGCGGCGCUUUGUGGCUGGCUUUGAAUCCAAGGUGUGCAGCCACACGACCUCGGUAGAGGACCUUGCCCUGGGCCAGUGCCUGGAGAAGAUGGGCGUGGAGGCUGGGGACUCGCGGGACACAGAGGGGAGAGAGACCUUCCAUCCUUUCGUGCCGGAAUCUCACCUGACGGAGAAGUUCUCGAAAAGCUUCUGGUACUGGAACUACUGCUAUUACCCCAUUGUGGAGGGUCCCCAGUGCUGCUCUGACUUGGCUGUCUCCUUUCACUAUGUGAGCUCAGAAUUGAUGUACACAUUGGAAUACCUGUGCUACCACCUUCGCGCUUACGGCUACAGGUAUCGCUACCACCCGCCUUUGCCCGAGAAUGCUGCUCAUCUCCAGCCCCGCCCUCGGGGGGAAGCUCCGGAGAGGACCAAUAGUACUACACUGCAGACCGAGAAGGAGGUGUAGGGGGGCGGAUGCUUGGCACGUGACCCUUGAGCAGAGCAGCCCAGCCCAGCCCUCCUUGGACAAGACCAGUGCCUCUGUUCUGGGGUCAUCUGCACAGGAAAAAGCAACAAGAGCUGGGCAGGCCACAAGCUGAGAGAUUUCUUUUAAUCCCUAAAGGUGUGUGUGCACGCACACUUGCCAGACAAGGGGUCUUGCACAUGGCAGAGGAGCCAUUCUUAUUUGUGUGCCGAGAAGCAAAUAUCUGGCCUACUAUGGCACCGCUUGGCCUAUCCUAUGCUCGCUCGUUUUCCUACUGCAAACUGGAGAGGCCCAAGCCUUCCAUGUGCUGUGAAGCGGUUUCAUGCUUAGUGAGUGCUCUUGAUGCACUGGAGUGGGGAGACUGGUCCCUGUGUGGUGGGCAAGAAGAGGGGAUAGAGGGGCUCUUAUGGGUCCCGGAAGGGAGAGCCGAACUCACAAGGGGUGGGGUGGGUGCCUGCUGCCGCCAGCACAAGAAUGAGGCACAGCUGCAUGGCCGUAGACUGAGCAAGGAGGAGCGCCACAGAGUGGGGCUUGGGUUUUACCGCUGGAGAAAGAAUAGUAAGGGUCCUGGCUGGUCAGUGGCUGGUGCCAUUGUGGUAAGAGGGACCCAACACUACUUUGCAAGCUGUGUUUGGGGUCUCGCAGUUGAUAUGAUAGGAUGAAGGGCUUGUAUCUCCUGUGCCUGCAAUUCCCCCCCCCCAUUAUUAGCUUUCUUGAUACCAGAGCCUAAUAAUUAGGCCAUCUGCCUUUAACAUCAACACGUUCCAAGUCGGGGUUCUUCACCUUGGGUCCCCAGAUGUGGUUGGACCACCAGUCCCAUCAGUCCCAGCCAACAUAGCCUUGUUGUUUAAGGGAAAGAGAAGGAGAGAAUAGGAAGAACAGAGAGCUGGCAGGUAAGCAAUUAAAAAAGGUAGGGGAAUGUUUUGUUUUGUUUUGUUUUAAAAAAGUGGCAUUUUGUGGCUUAAGGUAGGUCCCCAAACUGGAAAGGCUAAAGACCUGUGUCCCUGCAGUUGUUUCUCAACUGCAGCUCCCAUCAUCCUUGACCAUUGGCCCUGCUGGCUGGGGCAGAUGGGAGUUGUAGUUCCGCAACAUCUGGAAGGCAACAGUUUCACCACUCCUUGUAUAAGACACCCUAAUUGUGCAUGGUCCUCAAUAUUCACAUGAAUAAAGAUGCUGCUGUGUAAUGGCCAUCUCGCAGUCAAAAAGUGAUGUUUUGUGCCAGAACCAAUAGGUUUGGGGCAGGGCUGGGCCUGCCCAUAAGUUGGACUGAGGCAGUUGUAUCAGGUGGAGAAAUCUUGGCAGGACUGUCCCCUGCUGCCACUGCCGGAGAAGCAAGGAGAAACUGGCUGCAGCUUCCGGUGAGAUAUCGUAGAGCUCACGAGAUAUCACCGCUGCUUCUCCUAUGGGGGGGCGGGAUGCACCUGCCCCCUUCCACUCACUGGAGAAGCAAGAAGUAGCCUCAGCUUCUGAGUUCUGGUGAGAUCUUGAUCUUGCCAGAAGCUGCAGCCGUGCAACCUCAGUAAAUGAGAUUUUGGUGGAGGGACAGCAGCCGUGAGGUGGCCGGCACCUUCCCAUUUUGCCUCUGUGUGGGUUGGUGUGUGAGACAGGACAGGACAGGACAGCCCUGGUUUGCAGGCAGAAGAACAAGCAAAAGGCAGGCAGUGUGAGAAAGCCUGAAAGCGAUGUUGUUCCUUGCUGUGUCACUGGAUUUGAACGAUCUUGUGUUUUUUGCCUGGUGGGUUAGUCGCUUAAUCAUUUGAUGGUCCCAAGUGCCCCCUGGUGGCUAUUACAUGCCAUUUUAUAGUUACAGUAAGACUUUUUACCGAACCAAUCUAAUUGGUUGAAGAUGUAGGCCAGUCGUGUCCAAACAUUUUUCAAAGGGGGCCAGAUUUGAUGAAGUGAAGGGCUGUGAGGGCAGACCAAAGUUAUCCUUUUUUAAGGGUUGAAGUUGCUGAGGUUUUUUUUUAGGAUUUUAUCCCAGGAAAUAAACUCACACAGGAGCCGGAUUAAACCAACUGGCGGGCCAGAUUAGGCUCCCCAAACGAACUUUUGAAUUGUUCAGAGCUCUUUGCCAGAUGGAAUGGAAAGGCAGAUGCAUUUUCAGCUUAUAAGGAGAGGAAAGAUAGGCCCAAUUUAACAACUGAAAGUACAACCUUUGUUUUGAUCAAGAGUUAAAGCCAAAGCACUUGUAUAGUCCACAACGAUCUGCCCCCAUGAAACAACAUAGUUGGGUGAAAGAAACAGCUAAGCAUCCUUUUUGUGGUCUGUUGCAAAAGCUUAGAGUAGAGGUAGCCCCUGCAGAUGUUGUUGGACCUUAUCUCGGAUCAUCCCCAGCCAGCAUGGCCACUGGUCAAGGAUAAUGGGACUUUCAACAUCUGGAAGACAGCACAUUGGGGAUUUGAUGGUCACUGAAUCCUGAACCUUAAGCGGUGAGCAGCUGCCAAGACACACUGUUCUCACUUGCUGAUAAGAGUUUUGCUGGCUUGUAUGUUGACUAUCUGACUGUCCUCCUUCCAGACGUUUUGUUUUGCUUGCUUUUUUUGUCCAGAAGAGGGCAGCAAAGAUGGGGAACAUGGCAGGAGACCAGUUCCAUGGUGGAAAGAUUGAAGGAGUUGGUUGUGGUUUAAUCUGGGAAUAGAAUGGUUAAGAGUCACAGCCAUCUUCACAUAUUUGAAGGGCUGUUGCAUGGAGUCUGUCAAUGGCAUGAAUGAUUCUGUUGCUCCAGAGGCUAUUGCCCAAACCAUCGGGUUGAUAUUAUAAGGACUUAGGCUAAAAAGUACCGGUAGGUCUUUCCCAACAGUUUGAGCUGUUUUAUUGGUAGAACAAGUUGGUGGACUCGCCUUCAUUUGGGAUCUUCCCCCCCCCCUUUCCCUUUUGUCAUUUCAUAAUACAGUGGAACCUCAGUUUAUGAACACCUCGGUUUACAAAUUUUUGGUUUACGAACGCCGUGGACCCAUCUGGAACGGAUUAAUUCACUUUCCAUUACUUUCAAUGGGAAAGUUUGCUUCAGUUUAUGAACGCUUCAGUUUAAGUACUCCGCGGAACCGUCUGGAACGGAUUAAUCCACUUUCCAUUACUUUUAAUGGGAAAGUUCGCUUCAGUUUAUGAAUGCUUCAGUUUAUGAACAGACUUCCGGAACCAAUUGUGUUCAUAAACCGAGGUACCACUGUACUGUUGGGUUCCAUCUAGAGAAAAGUAAGUUGAAGCAUAUGGCAGUGUUUCAGAUAGUCCUCUUGAUUGUCUUUUUAAAAAGAAAUUAGAAGGAGCUGCCCAUUACCUAUUCAUACUGCUGGUGCACAUUGACUGAUGAGUUCUCCAGUAUCACAGUCAAAGGCCCUUAAGAUGCUUUUAAAGCAGAGGUGCUAGGGACCCGAAAUGUGCUUUCUCUGGACUGCCCAUUUAUUUAUCCUGUUGCCUUCCAUGGUACCCUUUGCCAUUCACUUCAGUUGAGGGAUUGUUCCACUAUCAUAUACUUCUCCAUGUGCCUGCACAGCUGUUACUGCCAUUGAAGUGAAUGGUGACUUAUUUAUACGCAGUUGUGUAACAUAGUGUCCUAAACUGAAAUGUUCUGUUAUUCCAUAAAUUAUAAUGAUACUUUUUAGAAGAAAAACUUGGCGAUAACUGGUAACUGGCAGAAUGCUUCCUGUUGCCAAUUUCAUUGUCCCCCACCCCACCCGGUAAACGAAUGUUUAUAUAUUUAUUGAAAAUGAUUUUGUUAAAAACUUUGAAUCUGGGGGAGGUAGGUAGUUUUCACAUAAACAAGAGACAUGUUUGAAGUUUUUCAUUUGGUUGACAAAUAAACUAAGUUGCAAGGGACAGUUAAUUCUGUGAUUCUGCUGAUCUCUGAAGGAAAUUGCUUAGCCAAGGUUGAAGAUUGUGAGAAUGUAUUGUUUAAAGUUGAAAACCACAAAGGUUUUAAAAAAAUUCUUUCAGAAAACUUGCACCAUCACUUGGAAGCCUUACACCAUUGCUCAGUAUUGCUCAGUGUAGACUAAUGAUGGGGAGUCUGUGGCCUUCUGCCUAUUUUAGUCUCAAACUCCCAUCAGUCCUUGCCAGCAUGACCAAUGGUCAGAGAUGAGUGUUAUAGUCUCUUGCGGGGCUGGGCACAGGUUGCCCACCUCCCAGAGUAUAUAAAAUACUUGGCUACCUCAGUAUAAGGCAGCUUUUUAUGUACAUAUGUGCCCUCUUGAAGGAAAAGCCCAUCUUUACCUGGUUAUCUUGAAAUAUUGUGGCCUUUGAUGUUACCGGUUUUAUUGUAAGUUGCUUUGAUCUUAGGCAAAGGAAAAGUUGUGUAUUGGGCUCAUGCAUAGCUACUUGCCUGGUUGGUUGUAACAAGUAAAAAAUCAUUUCUGGAUGACAAAGCAGAAUACCUUUAGAAAAGUUGGCUUGGUGUUUUUGGUUGCACUUUAAGAUAAGAAUGCUUUCUAACAUAGUUUUGUGGGGCUCUAGAGUCUCCCCCCCCCCUUACCUGUCCCCUGACCAUGAGGUUGCAGGGCAGGUUAUAAAGGUUUAUUUUUUUUAAAUACAAUCUUGGAAUGAAUUAAAACAAAUUGGUGAACAAAAUGUGGCUGUCAACCUUGGGGAUUUACAACUCAAAACUUGCAAGCCUGCUAGGGUUGUAGUCAACCUAGUAGCUCUCUGUGUGAAGGGAUCUACUUCUGCUUGCACAAAAGGACUCCCCUCCUCCUGUGCACCCCAUAAAUCUCUUCUGGGGGUUUCAGCCAACCAUCUGGGGCAGAUUUGGUGAUGGCAGAGGAGACAACGGAGCGGUGGCAGUGGGGAGAAAGACCAAUUGCACAAAAGGAAAUGGUUCCACUCAUGCAGUUACUUAUUUGUAUACUCUGCCCCAAUGAAUAUUUGCUGCCCUGGUCUCCUUCAGGAAGAAGGGUGGAAAAUUAGCCGAGUUAAUAAUGUACUGCACUGCUGUCCUAUAAAUCUGCUAGGAAGUAAGCCCCUUUUUAGUUCAAUAGACCUAAGGAAGCAGGUAUAUUAGGAUUGCAGCCUUAAAUGAAGUUAGGGCACAAUCCAUUCAAAGUAAAGGACUUGUAUGUAAAGGACUUGUACAUAGCUGCCAAGUUUUCCCUUUUCUCGCGAGGAAGCCUAUUCAGCAUAAGGGAAAAUCCCUUUUAAAAAGGGAUAACUUGGCAGCUAUGGAAGGAGAUUUUGUGUAUGAGCUUAAAUAGCUCUCACUGAAAUCAACAGAAGUUAAAAGUGCUUCAAUGGGGUUUCUGCUUAAAUCUUUAAAUGUAGAGAAAUGACUUUUACCAUUGACAGAGUGAAGGAAAGCUGCCGCCAAUGUUACUGUGCUCUCACCUCUUUGUAAGGUAAGAAUAAUUAUCUUGAUUAAGAACACAAAGACUAAAAUUCCCCCAUCCCCUUUAAAGAAAUUCUGGUCUUUUCUUCUUUUCUUGGAAAUCCUUCCCCAGGGAAGAUAAACAUUGUUUAAUAAAGAUUACCUCUUAGGGUGAAAAUUAAUACACAUGGAGCAACUUCAACAAAGAUGUCUUUAUUUGGAAUAGGAAAAGCCUUCUACCUUGAGUGCAAGGGUGGGAGGAGCAGAAAUAAAAGAAAGUAACUGGUAUUGAUGGUGAUGGGGGUGAUCAGGAUAGAAUAUAGGGUGUGUGAUGUUGUGGGCCUGGCUGUGUUUUAGCCAUUUUACAUUCCUUAGUUUUUAAAGGAGAACAGCAACCUGCUCUUCUUUUUACCUUGCACUUCAGAAACACACACUCUCUCUCUCUCCUUGCUCUUGAUUUACUAACUCAAAGCAGACAAAUCGAAGCAGAAGAGGUGGUGGGAGAGAGAAUGCAAAAGUGGGACCAACUUUACAAAAAGGUUGUACCUGCCAUGUCAGCCCCAGAAAUAUAAAAUAGGUAAGAAGCUAUCCUUUAUUAGGCCAACAGAGCUCUGUGUAACUCAAAAGUGUACUUAUGCUUACAAUCAGCCAAAGCUGGCUAACAAAAGAUACUUUCAUCUGCUCAAAAAAAGAAGAAGGAAUUGGUAAACUUCAGACGGGGAGCGUUCUGCCAUCAGCCAAGUCUCACUUAUGCAAGGGAAUUGAAGGGAGAAGCAAUGUGUUAGCAUAACCUAAGUCAACCUGGUGUCUGAGAGCUGUAGUUCGGCAAGGCACCAGGUUGUUGAAGGCAGUCUUAAACACCAUUUGUUUCUGUGGGAAGGGGUGGUAGUUCCCAAACUUACGCCUCAUUUCUUUUGUGGCUGGUGGUGAGAUCAUACUGACAAAUGUUUCCUUAGUGUGAGGUAGCUUAAAAACCAGGGACGUUUGAGAGUUUGACCCUAUUGCUUCCUUCAUUUUGUAUAGAGAGAGUAGAGAGUUUAGAUGAGGCUUGGUAGAAUUCAGAACGGUGGAUACUAAGAAAAACAACAAAAUCAGAUCAAUGUACUUUCCAACGAAGGUUUUGUUUUAUAAUCAAUUGAUGUUAAAAAAUACAGACUUGUUUUACAAUAAUAAUAGCACCAUUUUUAGUAUUAUACACAGUAAUCUUGCUUGUGAUACACACCCAGGGAUGGGUGGGGGAAAAAGAAUUGGCUACAACCUGUAUUUUGGGGCAUCAGCACCUUGGAGGGGAGGACCCUUCAUGCAUGCUAGUUAGCUUCCAAGAAAGGUCUUACAGGAAGACAAUAAAUAAAUAAUACCAUUAUUUGUUGUUCCUUUUUUUCCUUUUU